CUGUCAAAUUCUGUUUUGGUGUGGCGCGGACGCGGCGAUUAGUAAAUAAUUUGAUUUUAUGAGAAUUCUUCAACUAAGAUACAUAUUUCUUCACAACGCGAAUAAAAUGGCUUCAGCCGCGAAGAAAGCUAAGUUAUCAGUUCCUUCAACAAGUGCAGAAACUAAGACAAACCUUGAUGAAUUGAUGAAGAGUAUUCAAGCAAAACGUGAGGACACUGCAGAGUCGAUUUUAAAGUAUAAGUUCAAUAAAAAACGUCUUAGAAUUGUGUCUCAGGAGCAGAUGGUGGCGGAGAAUUGCGAAGGGAUCGUGUACUGGAUGUCUAGAGACAGUAGGGUACAAGAUAACUGGGCAUUUCUAUUCGCGCAAAAACUUGCGUUGAAGAACGAAGUCCCGCUGCAUGUGUGUUUCUGCCUGAUUGCCAAGUAUCUGGACGCUUCAGUGAGACAGUUCCACUUUCUGAUUAAAGGCCUAGAAAAAGUAGCAGCAGAUUGCAAGAAACUCAACAUAUCAUUCCAUUUGCUGGAAGGCAGUGGAGCGGACGCUCUGCCCCAGUGGGUCAUAGACCACAACAUUGGGGCCGUGGUGUGUGACUUCAACCCCCUGAGAGUGCCCAUGGGAUGGCUUGAAGGUUGCAAAAAAAAGCUGAAGAAGGAUGUGCCUUUAAUACAGGUAGAUGCCCACAACGUGGUCCCGUGCUGGGAAGCCUCCGACAAGCAAGAGUACUCAGCCCGGACUAUCAGGAACAAAAUCAACUCAAAACUUGGGGAAUAUUUGACAGAGUUCCCUCCAGUCAUCAGACACCCUUACACAAGCAAGUUUGAGCCAGAGCCAAUAGAUUGGGAUAAAGCCAUAGAGUCCAGAGAGGCAGACAAGUCAGUGGGGCCCAUAGAGUGGGCCAACCCCGGCUAUGAUGAGGCUGUGAAGACGCUCAAGAGCUUCUUAGAUAAGAGGUUGAAAAUAUUCUCCACCAAGAGGAACGACCCAACGCAAGAUGCUCUGAGUAAUCUAUCACCUUGGUUUCAUUUUGGUCAAAUAUCAGUGCAGAGAGUGGCGCUAUGCGUCCAAGAGUACAAAUCUAAGUGCACCGAGAGCGUCAACGCGUUCCUAGAAGAAGCGAUCGUGCGCAGCGAGCUGGCCGACAACUUCUGCUUCUAUUGUGAACACUAUGACAGCCUCAAGGGCGCGAGUAAUUGGGCGCAGAAGACCUUGGACGACCACAGAAAGGACAAAAGACAGUACAUAUACACACUGGAGCAGCUAUCAAAAGGAGAAACACACGACGAUCUGUGGAACUCUGCCCAGAUUCAGCUAGUUAAAGAAGGCAAGAUGCACGGCUUCCUCAGAAUGUACUGGUGUAAAAAGAUUCUGGAGUGGACCCCCUCACCUGAGGAUGCCCUCAAGUACAGCAUUUACUUGAAUGACCACUAUAGUGUGGAUGGGCGAGACCCAAAUGGCUAUGUUGGUUGCAUGUGGUCAAUAUGUGGCAUCCACGACCAAGGCUGGGCGGAGAGAGCGAUCUUCGGAAAGAUCCGCUUUAUGAACUACGAAGGAUGCAAAAGAAAGUUCGACGUCAAGGCAUUUGUCGCAAGGUACGGUGGAAAAGUACACAAAUACGUGCCGAAGAAAUAAGGAUUGUAUUCUCACUUUUGAAUCGCUAUUUACCAUAGUAAAGAUGUUUUUCGUACUUACAAGUUAGAUUAUCGAAUUUUGGUAUUUUUAGUAUUUAAUUAUCUUAAGAUAAUUUUAUAUAUUUAUUCAAUAAGCCAAUAUUAUAUUCGGCAGUGGUUAAUCAAGAUAUCCACUAGUUGAAAGCCUUUUUUUUACAUAUUGCAAUAAUAUCGAUAUGUGAUUUAAAGUACAAAACUGCAUUACCUCAUUAAUUGUUAAGAGUUAAGGGUUGUUACUUAUGUGAUUGUGUUCAAAUAAUUCUUAAAGCAAUAGAAAGAAUCGCAAUACAUAUUAAUUUGUUAUUACUUUUUUAACAAGUUUUUUUCUUAUUCCUUAUUCCAAGCAUUCCUAGUAAUUUAUUAUAGUUUUAGGGUCAACGCUGACAGCAGCGGAUCCCGCGAGAGGUCAAUCCUACUAAUAUUAUGAAUGCGAAAGUUUGUGUGGAUGUCUGG